AUGGCCAUCGCCUGGGAGGAGGGACUCCCUCAGGCAUCAGCCUCGGGAGACGGCGGCACCUGUGUGAGGCUGCCCCCUGCCCGGGGUCCUGGGCCCCCUUCUCAGCGGAGUGGGGCCCUGCCCUGCCCAGGUGGCCUGGCCGGCACCGCAGUGCCCGUCCUGCCCACCCGCGUCCGCGUUCAUUGUGCCCCCGCCAGACGGCCUCUCGCAGCCGCGUCUGAGCGUGUCCGCUUGCCAUCAGGCCGUAGCGGCUCUGUCCCUGUCCUGUCCCCAUUGUACGGAUGCGAAAAGGCUGUUUGCCCAAGGGCGUUCAAGGGCACUGUGGAGGGGGGGCGGGCCUGGACACGGGAAGCCUGGCGGUGGCCCUGGGAGGUGAGGCAGCCCCGCAUUUCGCCCCCUGGCGGUCCCGGCCCUGACGCUCUCUCUCCCCCCCAGACCAUCAUGGAGCAGUUCAACCCCAGCCUGCGCAACUUCAUCGCCAUGGGCAAGAACUACGAGAAGGCGCUGGCAGGUAAGGCAGGCGGGCGGUGCCCGCGGCUGGGAGGGUGUGGGCGGGCCGCCGUCCCCUCCUGGCUGGUGCCCGCUGUCCCCUCCCGUGUGGACACGCGCCGCCUGGCGGCUUCUUGGGAAGUUCCUCCCGCCGCGCUGGGGGCUGUCGGCGAGGACUCCCCGGAGAACCGCUCGGCUGUGACCAUCAUGGAGCAGUUCAACCCCAGCCUGCGCAACUUCAUCGCCAUGGGCAAGAACUACGAGAAGGCGCUGGCAGUUUUUACACUCCAGCUGAAGUCCUUUCACAACGAGCUGCUCACGCAGCUGGAGCAGAAGGUGGAGCUGGACUCCAGGUACCUGAGUGCCGCGCUGAAGAAGUACCAGACGGAGCAGCGGAGCCGCGGGGACGCGCUGGACAAGUGCCAGGCCGAGCUGAAGAAGCUGCGCAAGAAGAGCCAGGGCAGCAAGAACCCCCAGAAGUACUCGGACAAGGAGCUGCAGUACAUCGACGCCAUCAGCAGCAAGCAGGGCGACCUGGAGAACUACGUCUCCGACGGCUACAAGACAGCGCUGACGGAGGAGCGGCGCCGGUUCUGCUUCCUGGUCGAGAAGCAGUGCGCUGUGGCCAAGAACUCCGCCGCCUACCACUCCAAGGUGAGCUGCGCCUUCAGGGCCACUUCCGGGGCCAGAGGGCAGGGCUGGAAGGACAGCGGCCAGGCCAGAGGCUGCGGGUGCCUCUGGGGCAGUGUGGCUGACAGGCUCGGAGGGGUCAGCUCCUGGGAGGGGCCACACUGCCAGGAGCCCCUGUGGAGGCCGGCUUACGCCCAGGAGAACGCGCCCAUCAUGAACGGCGUCUCGGGCCCCGACAGCGAGGACUACAGCCCCUGGGCUGACCGCAAGGGGGCCCAGCCCAAGUCCUCGUCUCCUCAGCAGCCUCAGACCAAGAUGAGCGACUCCUACUCCAACACCCUGCCCGUGCGCAAGAGCGUGGCCCCCAAGAACAGCUACGCCGCCACUGAGAACAAGACGCUGCCCCGCUCCAGCUCCAUGGCGGCCGGCCUGGAGCGCAACGGCCGCAUGCGGGUGAAGGCCAUUUUCUCACACGCGGCGGGCGACAACAGCACCCUGCUGAGCUUCAAGGAGGGCGACCUCAUCACCCUGCUGGUGCCCGAGGCCCGGGACGGCUGGCACUAUGGCGAGAGCGAGAAGACCAAGAUGCGGGGCUGGUUUCCCUUCUCCUACACGCGGGUGCUGGACAGCGACGGGGGCGACAGGCUGCACAUGAGGUGAGCGGCCCAGGCCCUCCCGGCACAGAGCUGGGCUGGGCUUCCCUCCGCCCGGUGUGUGCAUGCCAGACCCCGGGCUUACGGCCCCUCGUCCCGCGGCUUCCCCACCCAGACGGCCAGCACCUUCAAGCAGAGGCCCUACAGCAUGGCCGUGCCCGCCUUCUCUCAGGGUCUGGACGACUACGGGGCGCGGGCCGUGAGCAGCGGCAGCGGCACGCUGGUGUCCACAGUGUGAGGACGCUGACCACGGGCACCGCUGCUCGGAGGACCCCUGCCCCCCUGUCUGGUCUCCAUCGUUUCCUCUCAGCUCUCGGCGGUUUGUUUUUGGGUCGUUUUUCUGCCCCACCUGCCCCUCUGGCCUUUUUGGUUGGUGACCCCAGACUCUGAGAUCCCCAAGGUCCAUGGUGCUGCCCCACCUCUGCUCCCCGUGGACACGCCCAUGCGUGGCCCGCCCGCGGGCAGCGUGAGCGAGUCCUGGCCGCUGCCUCAUCUGCCGAGUUCACAACUCACUGCUCUUUCAAAGGCUCGCCGUGAGCCAGCUCUGACGUUUGAAGAAAAAGAAAAACCUUUUAAAAAAAAAAAAAGCAAAAAAAAAAACAAAAA